AUGCCCACGUAUCGGUUUCUCCACAAGCCAACGCUUCAGAAAUGGUUUAACGAGUUCUAUGAUACCCUCGGGGCAAUGCAUGACCAGCACAAUGCAUCAGCCAGAAUUGCGUUGUUAUUCAUGGUCUUCGCGCACGCGAGGGUCUAUAUGCCGGAAGAUGACCAGCCAGGUCCGUCGGACCUAAGCUUAUUCGGCACGGUGUCUCAUCUAGCCCUAGCAAUCGGACUGAACAGAAAGGAUUCCUCUGACUUGGCAACUGGUCUUAAUGUUGUCGAAGCUGAAUGCCGGCGGCGAACAUUUUGGUGUGCAUAUACAUUGGAUGCUUACCUUAGCGCGGCUUUGGGAAGACCACGAACCUUCCAUGAUAAUGAUAUUGAUGCUGAAUUACCCGCCUGUGUUGAGGAUGAAGAUUUGAUUGCCGGCCAGGUUACAAUACCCACCCCACCAGGCAGCACCAGGAGACCGUCAACGAUGCUAGCUGCACUUGCCCACAUGAAACUUGCUCAAAUAACAGGCAAAAUACUAAGCAACUUGUAUUCCAUCAAGCCAAUCCCAGCCGCUCGCCAAGUAGCUGCCGUUAAAGAAAUUUCUCACGAGCUUAGUGACUGGCGAACAGAGCUAUCGCGAUUCUUAGAUGUGGACACCGUCAGCACAUCACUGUUUCUGCCCAUCUUUCAGCGACAGCGGAAUGUUCUGAAUAUGACUUAUUGGCAUGCGAUUAUUCUCACCCACCGACCGUAUGUAUUAAGCAGCUCUGCACGUCUUUCGCAGAGUGAUGAACAAAAUGACCACGACAUCCAACAAAAUGAAAGUUUGAGAAAGUGCCUCGAUGCAGCGAUGAUGACAGCAAACACAAUCAGCGAGAUCACUGAAAGCCGUCAACUAUACCGGGCAUUUUGGAAUACAGCAUACUUUGCCUUUGGUGCGACGAUUAUGCUGUACAUAUAUGUGAUCCAAGAGUGUGCGUCUCCUCCGGAAGUCUACAGUCGUUACUUGACUGCCGCCUCGCGAUGCCAGUCCCACAUUUCCGCCAUCGCGGAGAAAGGUUCAUUAUCAGAAAGAUAUAGUCUGGUGCUUGAAGAGCUGCGCGUAGAGGCAUUGCGUCAGACAAAGCGUGCAAAUCUAUGCAAGACGGGACCGGGGGGCUCGUCUCGUCAACAGGAGCACGAGGUCGAGCCUAUGUUCACGCACACGAACGAAGCCCAAGUUGAUGCUCCAGCUGCUGCUGACCUGGUACACAGUGUCAUGGAUCUAAAUGGUAAUAUUCCUGGGCUGUAUCCUGACUACUCGGGUUGGGGCCAGUUUACUUCGAUGGUUUCGUCCGGAUUGGGCAAUAUGGAUAUGUUCAUGAAUUGUGAUUCUCUUAAUUUCUAA